AUGCACACCUAUUGUUUAGAAAGAUUGUGUACGUUUUUUAAUGCACGGGGUCGCAAAUCAGAGUAUUUACAAUAUAUAGACACAUUUACGGCAAGUCACACGAUGGGUGCAGCCACGGUUUUGAAAAGGGCUAGGAAUUUACUAGCGACGUUCAUAGUAUGCUGCUUUAUGGCGGUGGUGCUUGUUCUGGCGCUGGCACGCCAUUUCAUCAACGAGCACAGGGAUACCAGGAGUUCUUCGACGCGGAUCAAGGUCAGCGAAGGCAGCAAAAGGGCCAUGCACCAUGACCACGUCUUCACGAAGACCAAUGCCUACUCAACGCCAUUCCUCGAUCUGGAGCACGACAAGAAAAACGGCAUAAUCUACGACCACACAAGGACAGUGAUACGCAAAAAGAACCGCGACGAGGAGUCGCUUUCUCUGCACAAGAGCCUUUUCCACAAGUUUCUGAAAAAGCUCAUCUUCCGGUUCAUCGAUCAAGACAAAGAUGACGAGCAAGUGACGCAGGGAAAGUUUAACAAUAGCAACAACGAAAUUGCUAACCAUGAACCGAUCUUUGAGAAGAUCCCCGUCCAUUCCGACAACCCAUUGCAGAAGCUAAUCCUGUCGGAGGACUUGGCGCUGGUGCCCGAUCUAAACUACUAUUUCAACCAGUACAAUAUUCACAUAGAGGAGUUCAGAAUAGAGACUGAGGACGGGUUCGUUAUAGACCUAUGGCACCUGGUGCCGAAGUACACCACGGUAGAUUCCGAGAAGUCGAGUCAGAGGAAAAGGCCACCCAUUUUGAUGCUGCACGGUCUUCUACAAAGCAGCGGCUCGUUCGCAUCCAACGGCCGGAAAUCUUUGGCGUAUUUCCUGUACCAGUCUGGUUACGAUAUUUGGUUGGGUAAUAACAGAUGCGGGUUCAAGCCGCAAUGGAAUGAUGCGAAGCUAUCGACCCCAGAUUCCAAGUGGAACUGGGACCUUCGCGAAAUGGUCAAGUAUGAUUUGACUCUGCUGAUCGAUACCGUUUUGGCCAAGACACAAUAUGAAAAGCUUACUUUGAUCUCGCAUUCCCAGGGCACCACGCAGGCGUUUAUGGGCCUGGUCAAUGAAGAUGAGUUUUUCCCUCCCGGAUCAGGGACUAAAGAGUCGUUCUUUACCUCGAAGAUCGCCAACUAUGUCGCGUUGGCCCCCGCAGUGUAUCCAGGCCCCUUACUAAAAGAAAAGUUGUUUUUGAAACUCAUGACGAAGGGAAUCGACAAUCCUUGGUUCUUCGGGGAAACAUCUUUCUUCGAAAUCAUGAUGAUCGUGAGAAACCUGUGCAUCGGUGAAAGCUUGUUUUCCUUUGUGUGUUACACGAUCUUCAACUACCUAUUUGACUGGAACGAUACCCUCUGGGAUACCCCUUUGAGAGAUCGUCAUUUCUUGUUUUCUCCUGUGCAUGUUUCGGUGAAAUUGAUGCAGUGGUGGCUGUCUCCUGACCCGAAUAAGGUCAGUUUCAAGUUCGGCUCGCACAAUAUGUUCCCCRAUAACGUGAAGUGGUUUUCAGGCGCAUCGGCGACUCCAAAUAUUUACCUGUUCGUCCCCAAGCAAGAUAGACUAGUGGAUGGAGAAAGAUUGAUCAAUCAUUUCGUUAAUGUCGAAUCAAGUGUCAAUUACAAGAUCUGGUACAUUGACGAGUAUGCACACAUUGAUGUGCUGUGGGCACAUGACGUCAUCGAAAGAAUCGGUAAACCAGUUUUACAGAAUUUGAAUAAUUACUAUUUCAAUAAGGAGUCUAAUGUCUUUGAAAGCGAUUGUUCGGACACGGAGGUGGAGACGGAACUAGAAAUGGUUGAAGAAAAGGCUUGA